ACUUACCACACACUUAAUAUACAUUUAUUUUAUAUAGAAAUCACACAGAAUGGACGAACAGAGGGCAGGCUCGAUUAGCAGCAAUUCGGUGGUCAUCCGGCCUCGCCUCAUCUAUGGCCUCCGAUCGGAUGUGAUUGGCAACAUCCACUUCAACCUGAGCAAGGAGGUCAUCUAUCCGGUGGAGGGGGUUCUGGCAUUCCACGAUUAUGUCCAGAACAAGCAGAGAUUCCUCAGAUUCCCCGAGGACACACGACCCGAGAUAAUCGCCAUGAGUUCGCAUCGCAAACUGCUGGCCGUUCUGGAGCGUCAUGUAAAGAAUGGCCGCUUCAUUUCCAUCUACGAGCUGUCCACCCUGAAGAAGCGCCGUCACCUGGAGCUGCCCGGCAAUUAUCGCAAUGCGAAUAUCAAGCAGAUGACCUUUACCUAUGACUCCCGAGCAGUGACCUUACUGACCCGGCCGCCGGAGGAGCACUUGAUCAUGCUGGUGCUGGACAAGACAAGCACCGUGAUCGAGGGACGGGCCACAGUCCUGGGCUCGCACAGCGGAGCCGAGUGCAUAGCUGGCAAUCCCUCAGAUUGCAGCUUCCUGGCAGUGGGCGGAGACCGGACCCUGCUGCUGAUGAGCAAGUCGGAGAGGGGAUUCACCAUCAGCAACAACCUGAAGGUGACCUACAGGGUCACCUCGAUGGCCUUUCUGUCACUGGACCUGCUGAUGGUGGGCACGGCCAACGACCAGCUGAUUCUCGUUGAGAACGGCGAGCAGAAGCUGGCGCAGAAGGCCAGCGAGGCGGAGACCGUGGAUCUCAUGGUGGACCAGGAGAUAUUCGAUCGAGAUCGAGAUGCGCAGGAUCAACGCUUCCAGCUGCCCACCCAGGCAGUUGUCCUCCACGACCAGCGGGUACUCUGCAUGACGGCCUUCGCUAAGGGAUUCGCGUACAUCCUGUUCAACCGGGCAUUCGUGUUUGAACGCGUCUCCAAGUUCAAGUUUGAGCGGAAGACCAUCCUCACCGUUCCCACCACUCUCUAUGCGGAGCCCAUGUAUCAGAUCACAAAUCUUGCCAUCGAUCACAAGCAGGAGACAGUCAUCGUCACCACCUCCCAUGACCAGAUCUAUGUGGGCAUUCUUAUCGUUCCGGAGACGCUCAAGACCAAACAGCUGAAGUUCGAGCCGCUCGGCGUGCUCAUCCACACGGGAGAGGUCAUCGCCAUGUCCGUGUGCGCCUGGAAACCCAUUGUCAUGACAGCCUCAAGGGAUCAGACCAUACGCAUCUGGAACUACGAGACGGCCAAGGUGGAGCUGGUGCGCAAGUUUCAGGUGGAUGUCAACAUUGUGGAGCUCAAUUCCACGGGUCUGAUUGCAGCCAUUGGCUUCUCGGAUCAGCUGCGCAUCACCCAGAUCUUCAUGGAUGAUCUCAAUAUUGUGAAAACGUACAAUUUCCCGCAUUGCAACGAUGUUCGAUACUCCAAUCUGGGCCACUUGAUGGCCGCCGCCUAUGACAACAAUAUAGCCAUCACUUCCGUGUACAAUCUGGAGGUGCUGAUCAAUCUGAAGGGACACAACGGCACCGUGCUGUCCGUGGCCUGGACACGGACGGACAAGUACCUCAUCUCGGGCGGAGCGGAGGGUGCCAUUUACCAGUGGGACCUGGAGACGGGCUCGCGGCUGCAGGAGAUCGUGCAGAAGGGCACCGAGUACGUGACGGUGUCGUGCAGCUUCCACGAUCCGCUGACCAUCUACGCGGGCACAAACUUUGGCACCAUCCGAGAGUUCCAGAACUCGGAGUUAGUGCGGGAGAUCACGAUUCCAUCGAGGAACAAGGGCUCCGUGUCGGACCUUUGUCUGGCCCGCUCCGACAUGAUCAUGUUCGUCGCCGAUCACGAGGGUAAUCUGUUCAACAUGCAGCUGCCCUUCUUGGAUGCGGGCGGCGGCACCUUCACCAACUUCCGGUUCUUCGAUGGGCCGGUCAACAAGCUGAGGUUCUCCUACGACGGCACCCUGCUGCUGGCCAUUUCCAAGCAGGGCACGCUGGCCAUCUGGUCCAUGGAGAACAUAGACGGCAAGGUGCUGGCCAUAGACCACGACCUGAUGAAGAGCCAGGAGGUGUUGAUACCGCGCAGUCAGCUGAACGACAAGAUCGAGCAGAUAGCCAACCUGGAGCUGCGUCUCAAGCAGCAGGCCGAGGAGUUCCAGUAUCAGCUCAGCCAGAACGAGAUUUUCGACGGCCAGCAGCUGCAGGAGGUGCACCGCAGCUACUGCUCGGCGCUGGAGGAGCUCAAGGAGCUGAACAACGAGAUCGAGGCGAGGCACACGGAGGAGAUGAACCACAUCACCUACCAGAUCAACUCCAUCAAGGAGGAACACCGCGUCCAGCUGGACACCCUGGCCAACCAGUACUCGGAGCGCAUGCUCAUCGAGUACCAGAAAUUCACCAAUUUGCGCGAGAAUAUGCUGGAGCUGCGCGAGAGCUACGAGGACAAGCUGAAGAACUCCACGGGCACGCUGCAGGAUACGGUGGAAGCCCUGGAGAACAAUUACAAGCAGCAGCUGAACGAGCGCAAGGGCCUCAUCCGGGAUCUGAUGAAGGAGAUGCAGGACAAGAAGGCCGAAUUCAUCGAGUACUGCCACGAGGUGGAGAUGGAGAACGACCGCAACAUGGUGGCCACACAGACCGAGUACGAGAACAAGUUGACCACCGAGCGGAACGAGACGCAGAUGUGGCGCGGCAAGGCGGGUGUGCUGCAGAAGAAGUUCGAGGCGCAGAGCAAGGAGAUCGACAAUCUGCUGGAGGAGGUGGAGACCCUCAAGGAGGAACACUACAAGUCGCAGCGCUGCAUCCAGAAGCAGAUAAACAACAUCGAGGAUCUGCAGAAGGACAUCGCCGAUCGGGACUAUGCCAUCAACGGCAAGGAGAAGCGCAUCCAGGAUCUGCUGCACAAGAACCAGGAGCUGGACAAGUACAAGCAGGUGCUGGGCCACAAGAUAGCCGAGCUGAAGGCUCAAAUCGAGCCGCGCGAGUUCCAGAUCAACGACAAGCGCAAGCACAUCCUAGAAAUGGAGAGCGAACUGGAGGGUCUCAACCAGAACAACGUCCAGCUGGAGCUGCAGUUGAAGGAGAUGCGCGACAAGUACCUCAGCAACGUGGCGGAGCUCCAGACGGAGCGGCAUCGGGCCAAGGCGUCGCGCGAGUGCCUGAAUGCUGUUUGCUCGGACAUUUACUAUGUGGCCGGUGAGAUUAAUUCGGCCGAGGGCCUCAAGAAGGCCGUCAAGGAGCUGUUCCAGAAGCAUGCCAGCGACGACGAGCUGAAGCGCUUUGUCAGCCUGGAGGCCGAGGUGCGGGAUGAGUUCAUGCGACAGCGCAAGCAGAUCGAAAACGUUUUGGCGCGCUACAAGACGGUGGCCGAGGACAAGUCGGUGCAAAAGAAAUACGACAAACUGUUCAAGGAGAACAUUGUGCUCGUCGAGGAGAUUGAGAAGCUGCGGGAGACCAACAACAGUCUACGCACACGCGUCAGGGAGGACAUACGCAGGUCAAAGAAGUCCGUUUCAAUGCGCUUGGACUGAAUGAUGUGCGGUUGCUGUGCAUUUUCGAUUCUAGAAAAAUAUUGUAUUUCACAUUGGACUUAUAGAGAUAUUUAGUUGCUGGCUAUACAAACAUACAUACGUACAUACAAAA